AUGAGUGAAAGCGGACACAACGGAGAUCAUCGCUAUCCAGAUGAACGUGGACGUAGCCCUCGUAGCCGUUCUCGUUCUCGUUCACCCAUUCGUGGCCAUGAGAGCCGAUAUCGCAGCCGCUCACGUUCGCGAGAACCACCACGAGAGGAAGUGGACUUGAACCCUGGCGAUAACCUCUUCAUUACCGGCUUGUCCUUGAGAACCAAUAGUGCUGAUUUGGAAGAUUUGUUCAGCAAAUACGGCAAGAUCCAAAAAGCUGAAGUCAUGUACGAUCCUCAUACUCGUGAAUCCCGUGGAUUUGGUUUCAUCCGUAUGGCAUCUACCGAAGAAGCUGAUAGAGCUAUCACUGCUGUCAACGGCACUGAUGUGGAUGGUCGUAUUGUUACUGUUGAAAAGGCAAAGCGAUCGCGUCCUCGUACCCCUACACCUGGUCGUUAUUAUGGUCCUCCCAAACGUGGACUCCCGUGCAAGAUUGUGCAAAUAAUGCGACAACUAUGUUUGCUCAUGGUCGUCAAUUCUUUUAUGCCCUUUCUCGCUGGUUCAGCGCGGUACGACCGUUUUGGUCCUCGUUCUGAUUACCGCUAUUAUGAUUCUCGUUAUGAAGCUAGACCGCCUCGUGGAGGAGACCCAAGAUAUGACCGCUACUAUGAUCGCUACAUGGAUCGUUACGAUGCACCACGCUAUGACAGAGGCUACGAGAGAGAUCGCUAUGACCGCUACGACCGCUACGAUAGGUAUGGCUACGAACGAGGCGGCUAUGAUCGCUAUGAUCGCUAUGAUCGUCGUCCACCUCCACCAAGAUACGAUCCCUACCCGCCGCGCCCUAGAUCACCCUACUAG